AUGACCAGCCGAUCCAGCUUCACCGAAUCCGAGCUCUCUGAAGAGGAGCGGGAGGGGGGUCCGCCAGGCCGGGACGGGCGCGACGCCUCCGGAGGGGCCCGGGAGCCCCUCCUAGACAGCGAGGGCUCUGCCAGCUGCCCCAGUGAAAGCGACGAGGGCAAGGCCAAGAAGAGGAGCCGGCCGGUGCGCUCCAAAGCCCGGCGGGUGGCGGCCAACGUGCGCGAGAGGAAGCGCAUUCUGGACUACAACCAGGCCUUCAACGCCCUGCGCCUGGCACUCCGGCACGACCUCGGAGGGAAGCGCCUGUCCAAAAUCGCCACGCUGCAGCGUGCCAUCAACCGCAUCUCCUCGCUGUCCGUCUACCUGCGCUCCAACCCCGCCGCCGCCGCCUGUGGGCCCUGCUCCCACUGCGAGUGCCGCCAGCAGGCGGGGGAGAUGGGCGCAGGGCUGGGGAGGGAAGGGGCGUUUCAGGAGGCUCCGGAGAGCUACCUGCACCAGCAGCUGCCCUAUCCCAGCCGGGCUCACACUCGCAUGCACGCACACACACUACCCUCCGAAGAACAGCACUACACAGAUAUCCCGGGGCACGCGGCCCCUUCCUGCCCGCCCUCUCCUCACUACUCCUGCUACUCCCCUGAGACACAGCUCUGCAUGUCCCAGGGACGCUACGGGAGCAUCCAGGAGGACCUGCACAGCCCGUCCCACUACCGCAGCAGAGGCAGCGCCGGGACCGCCUACCAGUUUGGUCCAUGGGCCCCUUUCGAUCAGACCCACAUGGACACGUUUACAGACACAUCUCCCACAAUGCCCUUCUCUUGGCAGCUCAGUCACCUCCUGGGGACCGGCCACCAUCAGUCCCUGACCACACACUGA